CCGCUUUAGAAAUUUCACACACAGAUCUCGAGGAUCGGAAAAGAACGGAUCUCAUCCCGGAGUUGAGAAAGUUCAUACAAGGGAAUAUACAUUGUUUCGAUAUUUUGAUUGAAGUGUGAUUCAGAUUCGUGGUAGAAAUACUUCUGAUGUGUAUUAGAUUUACAUAUUUAUAUUGUGUUUGGUGUCAGGACGUUGUUAUGGCCUAUUGAAUCAGUGAUCUCUGUGAACUCAGCGGGGAAAUAAUGGCAGUCGCCACGGCGGAAUCACAAUCCGUGGAACGGGGGUACCAACGACUCUCCUCCCUUUUCCGCCCCACCCUGACAGAAGGUAACUCCUGUCACAGGUGUAAAGCACAGGUAUACCACGCAGAAAAGAUCGGCCCGGUCCACGAAGUAGUGUUCCACAGGAACUGUUUCAAGUGUGUAGUCUGUGGUCAGUUUCUGACCAUCAAGAACUAUUUCUCCAAUCAGACCGAUGCCUCGGAUCGCGAGGUAUACUGUGGGACGCACGUUCCUCGAAUCGGGGGGACACACAUUGACGAACGAGCCAUGGGAAUCAAAAACGCCAUCAACAGUCAAAAUGUCUACAAGAAGAUGAGUAAAAAGAUGAACUCGGAGGUUCGUCUGGCCGGAACCCUGAGGAAACCUAACUAUAAUUACGAGGCGGUGGCAAUCAAACGUGCCACCACCGUCCCCAAAACCCAGGAUUACGUGGCGGAGCGUGCAACAGCUGAAUCUCUUCACAAGGGGGUGGAUAUUGACGCCAAUGCUCUGUACAUAAAGGGCCCCAUAGAGGCGCAACUUCUCCGACAGGGCUACCAGCGCAAACUCGACAAGCAUCACUACCCGCCAAAUAUUUAUAAGAAGCGCAAGAAGUUGAUCGAGGAACAGCGCCGUCUGGAGGCAGAAUACAAGAGAGAGGAAGAUCGUCUACUGGACGAAUUUCAGAAUGAGAGAAAGCAGGAAAAGCGCCGUCUGUCGGCGGAACUGCAACAUGAAUGGGAGUCCAGACUGAAAGAAUUAACGGAAAAAUUUGAUAAAGAAUUUGGACAAAAGAAGAAAAAGAUGAAGGACAGCGAAAGAAAGCAAAUGACGAUACACUUUGAGAACAAGAAGAGAGAGAUAGAAGUCGUCAUUCAGGAGAAAAAGAAGAAGAAGCAGGAGACGAUGACACUGAGGCUGAAGGAGAAGGAACAAAAGAAAACAGCGACGAUGGUGGCGCGACAGAGUCGUCAGAUGUUGGAAAUACUGGCUCAGAAACAGGACGAACUCAAACAGGAACUAAAGCAGGAAAUGGCCGCCGAAUCUAAAGUGGAAGGGGGAACACCUAACGGAGAGACAGAAGAAAUAGAGGAAGCGAUGGAGGCCUUGGAGAUUAUCCCUGUCGCCCCCACAGAAAUUCCCUCACCCCACCCCCCAUCCUGCAGGAAGAAAGACCUGUACGUGGACCCCUCACAGUUCAAUGACAUUGAUGAACAAACAAUUAAGGUUGCAGAGAAUGAACAGCCGACGUACACAGAUUUGGUUCAACAGCUGACAGAAAACCUGGUCACGGAUUUGGAGAAGGCCAGGGCGAUCUACCGCUGGGUUACGGUGAAAGAUUUAAAUGUGAUGGAAUUUGAGGAGAGUAUUGAGACUGACACGCCAAUGGGACUCCUCAGGGGAAUUAAAUACGGGACAGAGACGUACCACGUGCUCUUCAUGAGGCUUUGCAGUUACGCAGGUCUCCAUUGUGAGGAGAUCAAAGGACAUUCCAAAAGCGUGGGAUAUGAGCCGGGGAUGAAGAUCAAACCCGAUCAGUUCCAGAAUACUUGGAAUGCCGUGCUCAUCGACGGGGACUGGAGGCUGGUGCAGUGUAACUGGGGAGCGAGACACUUGGUGCUCAACAAAGACAAGAAGAGUAAGGACAAACCCAAACCCAAGUCAAAGGACCAGAUCCGCUAUCAGUAUGACGAGCACUACUUCCUGACAGACCCGGACGAGUUCAUCCAAGAAUUCUGGGCCGCGGAUCAAAAAUGGCAGCUUCUAGAAAGCCCCAUUACUCUAGAGGAAUUCGAAGCACUUCCGUUCGUCCGCUCUAUCUUCUUCCACUACGGCAUGAGGUUUGAGAAGAGCUUGACCGCCGUGUUAGAAACCUCAGAGAAGGGAGGGACUGAAGUCAAGAUAAAAAUCCCAGAAGAAUUCGAGAAUGAUCUGGUGUUUUAUUAUCAGAUGAGAUACGCAGACAAAGAGAAAAGACAGGAGGCAACAUACAAAGGAGCGAAUCUGGAGAGAUUCGUGUUUCAGACCAUGUUAGACAAUACCGUCAUGUUCAGUAUACACGUCCCGGCGGUGGGGGAAUAUUUCUUUGAAGUGUUUGCAAAUAAAAUUGAAGAAAGCAGUAGACUUAUAAACGCUGAGGAGACCACGGGUACAUCUAUUUCUCCCUUCAGACUAAAGUGUACAUGUAAGUUCAAAGUCGUAUGCAACUCACUUAGUGGUAAAAUGUACCCUCUUCCCGACUGUGCAUCAGGGGAAUGGGGACCGAAAAAAGCCUACCGACAUUUUGGAUUAAAGGUGCUUCAAACAAGGCCAGGGAAAUCCCCCAAAUCUCGAUCUUCACCAGAUUCUAGUGAAGGGGAUAGGAUGUCAGAUAGUGGAAGCUCUUCUGGGGACGAUCCUCCAGAAAACCCCAAGGCCGGAAUCCUGAACGUGGAUGAUACCCUCGAUAUCAAAUUGAAAAUGCCACGCCCUCUGCACGUGGUCGCUAAACUUAAGAUGAACAAUGUGGAUACAAAGACCCUGGAUACUUUUAUAUCCACAAAAGUAGAGAAAGACAUCAUUCAUAUCACGGGGACUCUUCCCCAGGUCGGACAGUACGGACUGGAUAUUUACGGACGUCCCAAAGAGGCGGGGGAAAACACCACCUUGUCUCACGCCAUGAAGUACCUCAUCAACUGCCUUAAAGUAGCAAACCCAGUAGAACUUCCUAAAACUAUAGAAAAACAGCAGUCGACAAUAAAGAAGGAAAAAUGGGGGCCGCAGCCGACAUUUGAGUCUUUGGGUAUUAAAGCAGUAAGCCCGAAAGACCCAAAGAUAACACUGACUGAUGUAAACACGUGCACGAUAGAAAUUCAGGUUCCGGAUGACGUCAUUGUAACACACCAGUUUUUCCGAGAACCAGAUACAGACGUCAAGGACAACAUCGCCAAGCUGCCAGAAAAAGGCGGGACAAUCAAGUAUCACAUAGAUCUCCCACAAACCGGAAACUACAUGCUGAGCUUGUUUGGGCGACGGAAGGAGGAGGACGAGAUGCCGAAUAUUUAUAACUACCUGAUCGUCUACAGAAAGCCGGGGGAUACAAAUGGUCCCCAGCAGAAGGAGGAGAGAAGGGGGUCAUCCAUAUUCAAAAAGGGGUUCUUCAAGAAAAGUGAGAAAAAGUAAAACUAUUUCAUCCGUCACGUGAGCAUUUACUACUACACAACAAUCAAUGAUGCUGCCAUUUAUACGAUGCAAUGAGCAUUGCUGAGCCGCGUUUGCACUUCAGAGCAACGUGUCUUGUGAAUUGAAAUUCGGUAUUAUUUUUCAUUUAUUACGAUUAUAAACAUAUAUUCGAACAUAUAUUAAUUUGUUUUUUUUUUAAAUUGUUAUAUACAUGUAUACAAAUUUGUGUAAGCGUCUUCUUUCUCUCCAAACAAAGCCAAAAACUUUGGUUUCUCUUUCACUUAACUUUGUGUCGGCUGACGGUGCCUUGCUUGACCGGCGUAAAGAACGAUAACUCGAUUUCAAAGGACGAAAGAUACUUAGUCCAGUAACUCGGUAUCAGCCGGAAGAUAUUAUAACAGCAAACCAGUGUGAUAUUAACCCUGUAAUGUGAUAUGUACUCGAUAUUAUGCUGGAUCAGACACAGACCUCUGCAUUUUUAUCAUUGUUUUCUAAACAUUUCAGGGUAGAAAUGAAACUGAAUCAUUAAUAUCAUUAAAUUCAACUCAAUAUGUCCUACCAAAUUGGUGCCAUACAUUCAGGAUCCUUAGUUUCGAAAAGAGUUUGACGAAUGGCUUGACCUUUGAUGUUUACAAAAAUGUGCUUUACUCUAUUUUAUGCUUUUCCUAACAUCCUACAAGUGCCUGAAACAGCACAUAUCGCGGAUUUUGAAUUUUUCUUUUGUUUUGUCCUUUUCGUUUAUUGUACCAAAGCGACCUAAUAUUAAUUGUGUUAUAUUUAAUAUAUUUUGUGUUAUAUAUUUCCAUUGGAAGUAAAACAUUUUUGUUUAAUCACACAGAAUAAAAGCAUUAAAAUCGUC